AUGACGCUUGUGGCCUCGGCCAAGCCAGACUUUGACGGAGUGGAAAUUCGUGCUGAGAUGAGCGCCAAACAGUCGUCGAAGAUUCAGUCUCUGUACCAAGGAAGACCCGUGAGUCUUCAGGAAAUCGAGUGCAGUGUUCCCAUGACAUUCAUGGACCGUUAUGAAGAACUGGAGCACUGGAAACCCUUUGCUUACCCGGAGACCCAUAGUCACCCUGGUUCUCCGCAUGCAGCGUCUCCACCAUGGGACUUUGCAAACUGA